AUGGCAGCACGUCAAUCAUCACCAAAUUCCGAUCACUCGCACUCGGAUAAUGUGCGCAAACGUGUAUGCAAGGCUUGCGAUCGUUGUCGCUUGAAGAAAUCCAAGUGUGAUGGAUCAAGCCCGUGUACGCGUUGUCGAGCAGACAACGCAGUAUGCGUCUUCGGAGAGCGAAAAAAGGCCCACGAUAAAGUGUAUCCGAAGGGGUAUGUCGAGAUGCUCGAACAACAACAAACCUGGCUCGUUCACGGACUCCAGGAGCUCUACCGUCGCAGCAUAACAGGCGAAGGUUGGCCCGGCGAUCAAUUGAAGGUCGAAUCCAACGGUCACCCAUUGACACACGACCUUUUGACCCGCUUGGGCGCUCUCGAACCCCUCAAGGGCGAACACUUCCAGGAGAACCCCGAAUCCAUGCAGCAAGGUCUCUGGCGUCACGGCAUGCAGCGUCAGGAUUCAUCGGACGGCAGCUCCGAAGCUCAGUCCCCUAUUGCCCGCACUCGUCUCUCUUCCGAUACUUUCUCCCAAUCCCAGUCCCAGUCCCAGUCUCAGUCUCAGUCUCAGUCCCAGAGCCAGAUCUUACCCCCAACACCACCAACAUAUCAUCAAAGUCCGGUGCGCGCCUCGAUCAAGCAAGAAAACCCCAUGUCCAAUCAGCCUUUUAUGUCCAUGCAGGGUGUCGUCAACCCACUCGCACUGGAAAGCCCACAGCAAUGGUCGGCUAAUGGAUUCGGCUCGUUUGAUGAUAUGGAGAUGAUGUCUUCGGCGGAUUACUCAACUCUGUCUUUCGAUGACCAAAUUCCUUCGCCUAUGUUCAGUCGUCAGAUGCCGAUGAACUGUGUUUCGUCGACAGACUAUGAGGAUUUCAACCAGUUUCUCAAUCCGAAUCCCACGGAGAUCACGUCGAUCUAA